AUGGAAGUGGUAGUGAUAAGCACUCUUGGACCUGAUUCAGCAUUUAAGGCUUCAGUUGUCACUCUAUCAGUGUCUAAGAGGAUCCUGGAUCGUUAUGUUCAGGAACAAAUUCCUGGUGCCAAGGUUGUGGUGGAGUCCAUUGGAGCUCGCCGGCAUGGAGAUGCCUUUUCCCUAGAAGAUUACACCAAAUGUGACUUGACUGUCUAUGCAAUCGACCCCCAAACAAACAGAGCCAUUGACAGAAACGAGCUUUUUAAAUUUCUGGAUGGCAAACUGCUUGAUAUCAAUAAAGACUUUCAGCCACAUUACGGAGAAGGAGGACGCAUUCUGGAGAUCCGGACUCCAGAGGCAGUGACCAGCAUCAAAAAGAGAGGAGAAAGUCUGGGAUACACGGAGGGGGCUUUACUGGCUUUGGCCUUCAUCAUCAUCCUCUGCUGCAUUCCUGCUAUCUUGGUGGUUUUGGUCAGCUACAGACAGUUUAAAGUACGCCAAGCUGAGUGCACCAAGACUGCACGAAUUCAAUCCGCAUUACCCGCGGCUAAACCAGCAGCGCCUGCCCCUGUGCCAGUGGCAGCGCCCCCGCCACCACCGCCGCCGCCUCCUCCGGGUGCACAUCUCUAUGAAGAACUUGGAGAUAGCACAAUGCAUAAUCUUUUCCUUCUCUACCAUUUUCAACAAAGCAGGGGAAAUAACUCAGUCUCAGAAGACAGAAAACAUCAAGACAUGAUGCCCUUUUCUUCCAAUUCUAUUGAGGCUCACAAGCCAGCUCAUGUAGACGGAUCACUUAAAGACAACCAACAGAAAUCUGCAAGAAAAUUCACAUUUCUAUCUGAUGAGGACGCCUUAAGUACCCACAAUCCCCUUUAUAAGGAAAAUGUAGGCCAAAGAGCCACACAUUUAGACUUUUCACUGAGAACAGAUUUUGUAGACCCAUUUUUACCCAAAACAGGGGCCAAGAGUGCAUCUCUGAGAAGCCCAAGAGAAAAGAUUCAGAGGUUGUGGAGUCAGUCAGUCAGCUUACCCCAGAGACUGAUGAGGAAAGUUCCAAAUAGACCAGAAAUCAUAGAUCUGCCACAAUGGCAAAGCACCAGGCAGAAAGCCGAAAAUGAUAUUUCCGAAAGUCAUCCAAACAAAAGAGAUAGCAGCAAUCCUCUGCUUAUAAAUGAAGACGUAAAUUUGCCAGAGAAAGAGGAAGUAAGACAAGGUGAAACACUGAUUAUAAAAGGAACAGAACAGUUGAACAGAACAUAUCUCUCUUCAGACUCUUCAUUUUGCUCUCCCAGGUCUUCCUUCUCCUUCUCUACUUUGCCAACUGUCUCAAGAACUGUGGAGCUCAAAUUAGAACCUAAUGUCAUCACAUCUCCUGCUGCCUGUUCUUUGGAACCUCCUACUCCAAGAUCUUGCUUUUUAAAUUCUCCACUCUCUAGGAGAGAGACGCCCACUUGUUUGUUAACCAAUGAACCCCAAACAAAUAUUUCUGACAAUUUUUCCCAUUCAUCAAGCAUCUCUCCUCCUCCCUCUCCCUCUCCUCCUCCUCCUCCCCCUCCUUCUUCUCCUGCUCCUCCUGCUCCUGACCUUACUCCUUUUUCUCGUCCCCGUUCUCCUCCUUCUUCUGCUAUCCCUCCUCCUUUUCCUCCUCCUCCACCUUAUCUACUAUCUGUUCCUACUUCUGUUCCCCCGACUUCUGUACCUCUUUUACCCUCACCUCCAACUUUUCCUCCACCACCACCACCUCCUCCUCUUCCUUGUCCACUACCUCCUUCAGCUUCAUUUCUAUCCACAGAGUGUGUUUGCAUACCAGCUAUUAAAGGCACUACCAACAUAACAUCUGCCAAGGAAAUUAAAUCCUCUGUGACAAAGCUAUCAACCUCAACAGCAGUGUGUAAUGCACACCCUCAAAGGAAACCAAAAGGCAUCCUCAGACAUGUUAAAAACUUAGCAGAACUUGAAAAGUCAGUAGCAAACAUGUACAGUCAAAUAGAAAAAAACUAUCCACGCACAAGCAUCUCAGAACUGCAAAGUGUUUGCCCUUCAGAGGUAACAAAUAUGGAAAUCACAUCUGAGCAAAACCAGGAAAGUCUGAACAAUAUUGUUGAGGGAAUUGAAAAUCAAUCUUACAGUCAAUCUACUUCACUGUAA